AUGUCGAGACUUACGGAGAGCGAGACCGCGAGCAGGCUACCUUGGCUGGAUAUGGCUAGGGAUCAACCUUCCUCCUCAUCCUCCGAUAGCUCCUCAUCGGAAUCCUCGGGUUCGGGAGGGACCGUUCUUGCGGGCGGCGACAGCACGGGAAUUACGGUCCCGCAGACUCUGGUGCAGAGUUAUGAACGGCCACUAGACUUCCUUCACUUGCUCUCGCUUGUACGUAGGGUGUGGCCAAAAAAUGACGAAUUUCAUACUUAUGGGAACAUAUCAUUGGCUGGGCUCGACACCUUGGGUGCGGGCUUGUCGUUCAAAGUUUCGCUACAUCCGGUUCGAGAGACGUUUCGGGACUUUAUCAAUGGGCGUGCGGGAUACGAUAUUGGUGACAAGCUUGUAGUGAAGGGAUUGAAGUUUGUUGACGAUUAUAAUAAUGAUGUCACGAAGGAGAAGUUGUAUGAUGCUUCUCUGAGGGAGAUACGGGCCCUUACGCAUCCGCCGUUGCGAUCUCAUCCGAACAUAAUCAUGCUUUUGGGCGUUCAGUGGGAGCCAGACCUUAACCACCACGAUGUCGCCUGGCCACUGCUUGUGCUGGAGUACUCCGAAGAGGGCACGCUGAGAGACUACCAGAUGGAAAAGCCAGAGAUGGAGUUUUUGGAGAAAAUGCAACUCUGUGAAGACGUUGGAAGGGCAUUAUUGGCUAUUCAUGGAAGUGGUAUAGUGCAUGGAGAUGUAAAGAGUGAGAAUAUACUCGUUUUCUGGUCGGCGGAGAAGGGAAGGAUGGUUGGAAAGGUUGGGGACUUUGGAUCUUCGGUCUUGGAUUUCAGGGAGGACGGGCGCAGGGGUUUACCGGCGCAUACGAUUCCCUGGAAUGCCCCCGAAUAUGACGAGGAUAUCCCGAGAGACCAUCUGAAAUUCACGGAUGUCUAUAGUUUCGGGAUGCUAAUUUUUCGCGUCAUGCUUGGAGGCAUCAAUCCGUUCAAGAUCGCCCCGUUCAAGUCCGACGACGUAGAUAUUGAGCUACGAUCGCAAGAACUUAAGAGAGACCCCGAAUUUCUAUCACUAGUGGCGAUGAUGUUAUGCGAGCGCUGCGAUGCCUCGGAAGCCGAUGCCGUUUGCGAGGUUCUGGAAUUCACUUUACAAUACCUACCAGCACAGCGGGAUCUUGAGAAAGCCGUGAUCGGGCUUUGUCGGCUUACAGGGAAUGCCGAGAGUAUCCCUCCAGUCACCCUCUUGGAGGAAUUUGAUUAUGAAGAUGUCAGUCUUACCUAUACCCUACCAGUCUGCAGUAGGCUAACCUCACUAGAUCGUUUUUGAUGCUAACUGCAUGAAAGAGGAUAGUUUUUGUGUGCGAGCUUCCGUCAUUCAUGCUCUAGAAGCUGUUGCAUCCAGUGAUUCGGCACACGCACAUCAGGCCAGUUUCCAGUUAUUCCAAUUACUUCUCGGCCGUUAUGGCGAAGGCGUUACUAGUGCCUCGGAAAUGGCAAUAGUGUGGUUAUCACAUUACGCGGAUAGUGGGGGAUAUGAUGGGAUAGGACACUUGGUCGGUCGAAUUUUUGAUGCUUUAGGUGCUCAGCUUGAUGAUGAGAUUCCAUUCCAAGCCUUACUACGACAGGGGGCAUUAAAGGGAUCGCAUACAGCAUUUGAGGAUCUAAAGGAGUACUACCCCGAUGCUUACGAUGAGACUCUUGCGCUAUUCCGUGAAUGUGGAGGAGCUAUGGGCAUGACGCAGCAGUCUGCGUUGUUCCCGUGGGUAGAUGUAAGCAGUCUGCAAGGAAUAGCAGACGCAAUCGAGGAGUCGUCUGGUGUUGAGUUGUGCGAUAUUCGCGUUACAGAAGACCAGGAUACCUUGUUGCAUUGUGCUGCUCGAUCAGGUUAUCUGGAAGUGGUUCAAUGUCUCAUAAGCAUGGGCAUGGACGUCAAUAUUAUCAAUGGCCUAGGGGAGACUCCUUUGCUAGCAGCCAGUAGGGCAGGGCAUUACGAGGUCUCUGGGUAUCUCAUGGAAGCGGGAGCCGGGGCAGACAAAACGAGCAUUUUCGGGGAAGGCCCGAUCCAUUUCUUGCCGUUUUUCGAUGAUCAACAUAUCGACUCCAUUUCUGAGUUGAUGGUCCAAAACGGCGCAGACGUAAAUGAAUUGUCAAAGGCAAAUCCACGGGUGGGCGAGCACGGGUUUUUGGGUCACUCUCCGUUGCAUUACGCAGUCGUGAGAAAUCAUAUAGCUAGCAUUAGGGCUCUUCUCCGACUCGGGGCUGAUCCUUAUGCCAAAACUGAGGAUGGAUCGGCCAUUCGUUGGGCGUGCUUGCUUUGCCGUGCCGAGGCGCUAGAUAUGAUGGUAGCGGCAUCAAGUCGUAGGCUUUCAUCGGAAGACUCCAGGCCCGAGCCGCUAGCAGAAGCUGUUCUUGGUCCCGCAAACCGUCUAGAAAAUAUUAAAGAACAUGGAGGAAACCAUGAGAAUGCUAAGAUAGCCACUCUUAAAGUUCUGGAUAAAUACAAAGCUAUCAAUUACAAAGAUAUGAAUGACUGCGGACAGCAUACAGUCCUCCACUAUGCUGUCCUGGCAGGUUACCCAACGGUAGUGAACUACCUUCUAGCCCACACACCUUCGAAGCAACAUCUUGAUAUUGGCUAUUUUGGUAAAACCCCAUUAAUGGAGGCCAUCUAUAUGGGAUACAGAGACGUCUUCGAAGCGCUUCUUUGCCAUGGGGCCGACGUACACUUACCACUUGCGGCUACCUGGCGUUGUGCAAGCUAUCUUCACGUUUGUGCGUUUGCGGGUCAUCGAGAUCUAUUCUUUCCGGAACAGCUAUUGAAGCAUGGAGCGCUAGUUGAUCAGUUGGAUGAAGCAGGGCGAACACCAUUUGCUUUAGCCGUCAUUGAAGGCAACUACCCGGUUGCCGAUCUUCUCCUUCAGCACGGUGCGGAUCGGGACUACGUCUACGAGGGCUUUACUGCCUUGGCCCGAUUCUUGGAAAUUCCUCUGCCACUAAAGGGUGUAAAAUAUUUGAUGACAUGCAAGUCAAACCCCGAAAGGCCUCCUCCGUCAUUCAUCUGCUCUCCGCGCUCCGGCAGGAAUGUUUUCCAUGCAAUUGCUGCGGCUGGUACGGACGCGGAAAAGGCCUCUGUAGAAAUGAAGGGUAUCUUCCGAUAUCUUCAAGAACUAUGGCCGGGAGGAGAACAUAUAAACGCCUGCGACAGAACGGGCAUUCCACCAUUAGGGGUUGCAGUGGCACACCCUAAGGUAGACCUUAUUAAUAUGAUGAUUGCAGCAGGCGCAGACGCGGAUUUGGGCCCACUGCCGCCGCUGUAUUUUGCAUUGUUGAAACAGAAUUGGGCCAAUGAACAAAUCAGAAAGGUCGGCGGAAGGUGGAUGACUAGGCGGACUAAGAAGAUAGCUGAUAAAGUCGUCGCGAUUCUUAAGGGGGCCGGUGCGAGGGUAGAUAUAGAUCCCCGUACCGGUCUUCCCAAAACGUUUGACGUGGGUGGAGUAUUACGGAGAAUGACAGCGGAGGUGUGCUCGCCGUGUUCGAUUAAAUGGCCAUUUAGCUCACUGUUUGAUAGGAUUUCGAGACGGGUUAUAAGAUGUUAUUGGAUGGGUUUAGGGAUAGUGAGGCUGGUGUCACUGAAAGAUAUGGCCGGGAGGCGAAUGGACGGAAGGCGUGGGAGUAUUCUAUGACUUUAUCUGACAGUAUUCCAGCUAGACGGGCCCUUCCGCUCCUAUUAAGAGAGCUGGCUAGCCGAGCCGGUGCUACGGUAAUCAUGGCGAUUGAGUUUUCGGCUGAAAAUAUGCUAAAUUUAUUCAGACUUUUUCGGUCCAAACCGCUGAAACCUCGGGUAGAAACUGGCCCCAAAACACGCCGCCGAGCGCACAAGAAAACACGCAAUUGAACCAGAGAGAAGGGAGUGACAGGCGGAAGGGGCAGUUCAUGAAGGUUUCUGGAAUGACAGUGGACAGUACUAAUGGCGCACGGCUGCCGGAAGCCGGAUCUGAGGCGUCGCGGCCAGAUGGCCCAGAGAAACCCGUUAAUCCGGGAAGUGGUAUAUCGCAAUCAUCCUCGUCAGGCAGUGACUCGCUACUACCACAUUCGAGAGGGCUGGAGACAUCUACCGAUGCAUGGUCUCCUUCAAACAGUUCCUCGUCAGUGCUUGCACAUAGACCACCGCCAAGAAAGCCAGGGUCGUCUCCUGGAGCGCGGCGCGAUAUAUCACGAUCAUUCCCUUCAAAUGUAACUUCGACGGAGCAACCUUACCGGAAGCAGCCUAGGCACUCAAUUAGUUCCCGUGCGCGCGGAUCGCCGCCUCCUUCGUUACUCGAUACCCCUGUGCCAAGUUUGGUUUCCCCAAGCUCCCUAGAUAUCUUCUCACCUACCCAUAGAGGUAUCUCCCAGUUGUCGCCACCAAUGACCUCUCCUAUACCAAGAAAUAAUAGCCAACCACCCUCACAGCCCGCCCCGGUGCCACGUUAUUCCCCAAGUGGGGCCCCCUCAUCAUCGUCGGUGCCUGGAGGCGUGACCAUGCCUACUGUCAUCCGGGAGACACGAUCUGCCCUAGAAGCAUCUCCAUCACAAGCUUUACCCCAACCCCUCUCCCCUCGCCAAGGCAUCUCCCAGCUCUCACCUUCCUUUCAGCAAACCCCACGGGCGCCUCACCGGAGCUCUUCUUCCUUCCCCCAACACAUCCCCUGGACUAUUCCCCACCAAAAGCCUCCCCAUGAAAUCCUUGAGUCCCUCCGCCCCGCCAUACUCCCAUUGCUCACCGCUUUGGUAGAUUCCCGCCGCAGCGAUGCCAUCCCACGAAGCAAUCUAAAGAUUUGCCUAGAGAGCCAUCUUUGCAUGCCAAAUCUUAUAGACCUCAAGUGGGAUCCUGCUGCCCCAUUGGGUAGCAGUUCAGUGAAAGAGCUUCAAUCAGGAGUCAAUAGGAUGCUGAGGGGGUUUUCAAUUGUUAUAAAUUUGAAACUUAGGGUCGAGAUGGGUGGGGAACGCGGGACGAGGACCAUGCUCAGGGUCUUGAUUGACGAAGAUGGAGGUAUUACGGGUGGUGAUGGAUGGUUAAGGACCGAGGGGGCGGGAUGGGAGGAUUUGGAGAGAAUUGAGGCAGGAAUAAUGUUUCCUCAGGAGACUUGA